GAACAACGAGGAAAUUGGAAGACUGCAGGCGUGUAUAGCGAGGUCAGAAUGGCGAGACGGAGGGAGGCUUGGUGCUACUUAGAGAGGGAGCUCUAUCCAGCACACAAUCAAGCAACAUGGACUUCAUCUGAUGUGUAGGCCUCUUUCAAAUCAAUAAAGAGUUCUAUAGCUUGACAAACAUUGACCGUCCAUGCGCAUGCAAUUCAGCUCAGUGCUCAGGAGAUCUGUCUUACCCGUCUGUAUCGACUAUCGACCAGUCAGUUUGACAGACUAAUAUCCUGAGCUGGAGCCCCCUUUUCAUUGUGCCUUAGCGAGCCUGCGGCCAUUGUACGUCAUCCUCCCGCCAACACAAGCAAAGACAUCUCCAACCGUGAACCAGACCCCCGCCUUCACUCCUACUCUACCUACUCUACCUACGCUACAGCUACACGACAAUGUCCUCUUACUCUGAAGUCGCCGCACAAGGCCCUAAACAAUCCGACGCUGAAAAGGCCGCCAAUGCCGUGCCCUCGCUCGUUGACCAUGCUGCUGAACCAUCCACCACCACCGACGCUGGCCAACAAAUCAACAUUGUCGACAGCGGCUUCAAGGAGCGCGACGUCAAGACGGAGACACAGGCAAAAGGUCGUGAGCUAGCGCAAGAGGCAGAGGAAAAAGCGAAACGCGCUGAAGGAAAAGUCAAGGAUGAAGCACACAAGGCGAAAGAGGGUGCCAAGAAGGCUGGAAGGAAGGCAGAGAAUGCCCUGAUCAAAGCCGGUCAGGAUGAUCGUACCUACCAGGUCUUGAAUGCCGUGCUGUUUGCUGCUGUGGGCUUUGCCGGGUAUCAGCGAUUCCAGUCUGGUCGGCUCGAAUGGACGACGGUGGGUGCUAGUGCGCUUGGCUUGGGUCUGCUUGUGACGAUGGAAGGCGCCGUCCAGCGAUGGUUCGAGCAGCAAUAGUGCACUUCUAGAAGUGAUGCUACUCGGAGACGACGACGCACACGAAAUGUCGUGUGCACUUCCCUGCUCUUUCUUUUAAGUCAAUCUUUUCACUAUGUUUCUCACCCGUGUCAAGUGUUCUCACUAGUCGUGUUGUGUAUAUUAUACGGUGUAUGGCAUCUCAUAUGAACUGCCCUCCCCGGCUUUCCGCGAGUGGAUGCCUUUUUUACCCGGCCGCUUAGUCAGUCUGGCAUCCCACGACACCGGAGAAUAUGAACGGACUCUGGCCCAGCGCUGUUCAAGAGCAUGCAAGUAGACUUGCCACUAGACAAGACCCAGAUCCU